AUGGAUAUUUUUCAUGCUGGACGGGAGCAGGACGACAACAAUGACAACCCGGUAGCCGAUGAUAAUGUCGACGAGGACGAGCAACCCAAUAACAUGCCUUUCAAUGUGUCCGAAUUUCCUCGGCAGCUGGCAGCUGGAGAUGGGCAUGUUCAGGAGGACGUUCGUACUGCCCUGUACCAGCAGCAGGCAGAGUCCGGUCGGGAUUACGUGACAAAUUUCAAUACUACCCCUCCUCGCACAGUCACUCUAACAAAACUGCGUACGAUGUACCGCAAUAAGGACUCCUUGGGUGCAAUGGGUUUGUUAUCUGGACGCCACAGGCUCGUUAUCGGCAAUGACCAUACCAUUCCAAAAGAUGGCCCCAACGUAGUUCCUCGCGUUGGUCCUCAUUAUAUAGACCAUACACUCUACGUUGGCAACCGCAAAGGACUAGACGCAGCAAUACCUAAAAUUCGAGCCGAUCAUAACUGGCAGGUCACCCUAGAUCUCGCCAACACGCACCGAUUGUGGCCUGAUAGCAACGUUGCCUGCCUUCCUUUCAACCCCAUCGGUCGCAUGGUGUAUAUCGGAACGCGCCUACAGGAGCAACUAUGGCUGGCUGUAGUUCCUACAACAUUUUUCGAACCAAACCACCCUGAUAAUGCCAGAGCAGCGUACCCAGCACUGAAUGCGCCCAGCACUGCCCUGACUCAGCGCCAUGCAUUGAUGAUCGUUAUGUUCAUCGCCCAUGCAUUUACUGAGAUGUUCCUCCAAGACAUCCACUGCCGAGAGCGCUAUCCGGUCCCUCUCACUCGUGCCGCUGUCAAGGAAUCGACAGAUAUUCUGAUCGAUGAAAAUCACCGGCGUAUCAUUCUGCGACUGGAAGACUUCAAGCGACUCAGUCAUAUCUUGAACACCGGCUGGGAUGACUGGGUAGUGCAGGCGCCUCCAUCAUGGAAAGAGGAUAAUUUUCUCACCAACAAUGCGCCCGUGGGUGUCACUAUCCGAUACGGACAGAACCAGCCUCUCCUUGUCCAUGGGGCCCUCGAUGAUGAGCGCAGAAAUUGGGACAAUGAUCGCAAUUACACUCAUAUUCGGCAGUUUACCUUCUCUUUGGCGACUCAUAUAAGCUAUCUCGAUGUCAGGGAAUGGCGCGAAGUUCCAAAUUUUCAAAAUGAAGGUGGUAUCAUUUACGAUAAAUCCAGCGACGAUCCCAUGCGGACUGAGGUUAAUCUAGAGGGCCUUCCUUUACUCGACGAAGAUGGGUUCGAGAUCAGUGUUUAUAACGAGCAGGGAUUCAGGGUCCCUCGGCGCGCUCCAGUGCAAUUUUCUACCUGCGGGGCACUACUUGACCUCCAUUCCGUUCAUGAACUCUUUCGCUCUGACGAUGAUGCUCAUGGAAAUACUCGCAAUAAGGCCCACUUUGACGUAUACCCCCUUGCAUGCACCAAGACACUUGGCAACAUUCAGUCUCGCAGCCUAAUAUCAAAUUUUCUCCCGCAUCUUGGUCAAAUCGAUGGCGCUCUUCGCCCGCACCUUGUAGGCGAGGAUGACAAUCGUGUUGAGGGUGACGUUGUCCCAGGCGAUCUUAUCCGCGGUGCCUCUGUUCUUCACGGAAUCAGUUGCCAGAUUUAUAAUGAAUUGUCUCAUCGCGUCCGGGAUGAAGCAAAAUUUCACCCUGUCCAACUUGGCAUGAUUUCCGCUGCUCUUUCGGGAACAACGACCAAAGACGCUGCCAGACGCCGCUGGACUCGACGCCUCCAGCAAUGCAACCAUAGCCUCCCCCAUGAACGAUUCAACGACAAGGUGUCUGGUGACAACCAACCUCAAGCUCUCCGAUUUGAAAAUACGUACACGCUGGAUGUUUAUCGGAUGAACGAAGAAUUUAGAAAUGGAAGCGAUAUAUAUGACCAUGUCAUAAGGCCGCUACUCAAAACUUGGAGCCACCCCACCGUCCUGUCUCCCAUCAAAGACACCAUUGUGGUCUUUCAGCCAAACCGCAUCCCUUCACUAUUUGCAUGGGCUACUUUCCCCUUGACGGCUUUGUUGGAAACUAUUUGGGAAAUGCACAGCAACACUUUAGUUGAUGGCGCAGUGAUCGAUCCUUGCAUCAUCGAGUUCACAUCAAUGGUCGAGCGGGCGCUCAAUUUCAGCCACACCGGCAAUGCGCGCGUGUUGUGCCGGAGACUAAUGGAUAGAUCUUGGAUUUCGCUAGGUAUCAUUCAUGACGGACUGCCCUCCAUAUCGGACGCUUUUGUAGCCUACGGAAGUCUCAACACGGGAAAGCUGGUCAUCCGACAGGAACUAUGGCCAGUGGAUCAGGACACGCGGCGCCCUCUCACAUCAUCUCGCAGGACCCAGGAACUGACAUACAGCAAAGAAUAUUAUGAGGCGUACGAGGCCCGAUUUACCAUCAGACACGCCAUCAAUUUCUUGCCAGCAAACAUAUUUCCCCAUAUCAACAAUCAUGCGAUGAGGAUUGCGUGUUAUGCAGCUGAAAUAGCGUUUAGGGUUUAUUUCGAUGAUGUCAAACAUCUGGUCCACGCUAAAGUUUUGCAUGAGAUUGAGCCAGCCCUCGAAGGUGAUGACAGACAUGCGCGUCGUGUUGCUAAAGACAGACAGACAGCGCUGGGCCGAUGGCUGGACGAAGACUACCCUCUUUCCUAUUCCGGCCCCCUCGCAUAUCUUCUAAGGGCCGUUGUCGACACAAAUGAUGGGAAUACCGCGCUUCAGCUUACAUCGUCUCAUCUGGGUAACAAACCAAUCUCCUUCUUCGUCGACAAUGUUAUUAAGCAAAGCACCACUAAUCUCCCUCGGCGUCAACCUCCCUUCAUCGCUGGAGGCAACUUUCUUGCUGUAAUGCGCGUCGCUAUCGAGGAAAUGAAGCGGUGUGCGGGUCGGGACUCUAUUCAGGGCAAGGAUGUUGAUUUCUUUGUCUCAGAGGCUGUUUCUCACGUCUGCGAAUCACUCAAGAUAAAUCACAUUCCAUGGACGGCCAAUCCCACGCUUGACAGGGGUAACCAUUCCUCCACCAUCGUUCAUAAUGUGUGGCUCAAUCUUGGAGCUACCGGUGCCCCUAAACCUGUCCCGUCAGCAUCUUUUCUCACGAGGCGAGAGUCUAUUCAGGUGGCUGUCUUGAACAGCUCAGCGCAAGUGCAGCUCCGCGACUCCCGCGCAGAUUGGUCUGCUAAUGAGGUCCGCCUCAACGAUUUCGCCUCAGUGUUGCACAAAGUCGUUUUGCCUAUCGAAUGGAACACUGAUCACGCUUCUCUGCCGUGUUCUUCUCAAUAUAUCGCCGACACUUACAACUACGUGCGAACUAUCUUCAACCCCUCGAUUCCCCUUCAUCGUCUCGCCCUCAUUGUAUCCAUUGCCUUCUCCGGUUUGGUCCCUUGUGUUUAUGCACCCCCAUUGCAGAAGGCUAGGAUUCCAACAGGAUCUUAUGAUUUGGCGUUAUAUACACGAAACCUAGAGUGGGUUUCCCGCCCCAAAAAGGGUGGUAAUAAUGCAGAACCUUUCAUUACGAUGGUGACUACUUUCAUAAUCGCCUUGUACGACCCGCAGUCCCCCACAUCAUCAAUAUCGGAUGUAAAAGAGUGGGUCCGCAAGCACUCUAAUAAAGGCAUAACCACGCUCGCUCUGUGCAGGUUGGGUCUGGCUAAAGCUUGCACUACCCGCGCCUUAUUCUCUUCCAAGUGGGGGAUUGACAUCCAGGCACUCACAUCCUCCGAGAUUGCUGAAAAGCAUGAGGAGGUGAUCCGCCUCCUCAAGACAGGCGGCGCUUACGGAGGGUAUGAUGCAAUUAUGUAUCUCAUGGGCAAACGCACAGCGGACCAUCUGGCGAAAAAUCAUUAUGUCAAGGCGCGGGCCCUCCCUACCCUUGGAGGCACUACUUCCCAUUUUUCAACUGCAGCCAGCACCUCAUCAUCUUCCUCCCCAUUAUCUUUCAAGAGAACUAUGCGCGACUGGGACGACGAUUCUAGGGUCACCACCGCUAGCGCCGAUGAGAUCAGUCAGAAAAAGAAGAGGUCGUAA